UCGUCACUGGGGUGGUGGUAUCAUGGGUCCCAAGUCCAAUGCCAAGAUGGCUAAACGUGCUGCUCUUGCCGCUAAGGAAAUUGCCGCUCGUCAAUAAAUUAGUAGAUCACGAAAUAAACAGAUGCGUGAAUGUAUGGGUUUCUAUACCUGACAAAAAAAGUUUGUGUACAAUUGUCCCCCUUUUUUUUUCCUUUCGUGUUUAUUAUAUCUUACCAUGCCUCAUUUGUAUGAUGGAGACCUUCGAACAAGUGUGAUAGUUAUACCCAACCCUUUUCAGUUACAUCCUCACAAAAGUAGAGCAGUUACUUCAUUUACAGCGGGUGCAGUUUUUUCUGUAGGUUGGUGGGUUUUUAUUGAUGCUUAUUGUUUAUCCAACUCAAUGACAUGGUCAACAUGGAUUCCUGGUGUGUUAUCUACUGUUGGAUUUAUGAGUUUAAAAAAAUCUUUUGGAUUUGUAUUGCUGUUGUGUGGAUUGAUCAGUUCAUUCACACUGUCUAUAAUCAAGUAUAUUAUGUACAAUACUUGGUAUGAGGGUAUAGCAUGUGUUAUUCAAAAUGGGCUUAUUUGCACCAGCAUGGUUUUAUUAUGGUGGAUGAUUCAGAACACACAUUAAAAAAAACGUGUCUAUGAGUUCUAAAUACAAUAAACAAGCUUACUUGUAACGAGCUCUUUUUCUCCUUUA